AUGACAGAUGAUUUAGUGGGGUUGCAGAAACAGAUGGAGGAGUUGACAGCAUUGGUGAAACAGGGACAGGAUGAGUCUAACCCUCUUAAAUGGUGGAAGACUCAGGAUAAUAGGAUUUCGGCAUUGGAAUCAAGGAUGGCUACGAAUCAUGGAUAUGUGGAAGAAAUUUUGAAGAUCUUGACUGGUAGGAAGGAGGACCAAAACCAGUCUGCUGAGGACCAGGUACAGACUCCUAACUCAGUUAAUAUGAGUAGUAAACAACCUGUUAAAGUGACGGUGAUUAAUGAUAAGACUAGGUUUACUUAUAACCCUGAGGAGCCUGGAAUUCUUAAGUCUAAACCAGGAGAUUUGCCUGUCCAAGUGACUAGCUUAAAGAAUGAUAAUCUAAUGGGAGAGAACAGUGCUGCUAGGAAUCAGCUAAUGGCAGUAGAUGUGGAUAAAAGAGGUACUGGGGAGUCUUCUAACAUGUCAGGGGUAAUGUGGCAAAGACAAAAAAUUGAGCUGUCAAUUUUUGAAGGACUUAAUCCAAGAGGAUGGUUACAAAAAUGCCUUAAAUAUUUUUCUCUUUGUAAUAUUGCUUAUGAGCAAAGAGUUGAGGUGGCUACAAUGUAUUUAGCAGGGAAGGCUGAAGUUUGGUUUGAUGGUUAUAUUAUGCAAAAACAUCAUGUUACUUGGCAUGAGUUUGAGGCAGACCUAUGUCAUAGGUUCAGUGAUAAAAUUUUUGUUGAUAUUGUGGAGGAGUUCACAAAGUUAGUGCAAAAAGGAACUGUGGAAGAAUAUCAGGACAAAUUUGAAGAAUUACAGCCACAUAUGUUAUUGCAAAACCCUACACUAGGGGAAGAAUUUUUUGUUUCUCUGUUUGUGAGUGGGUUGAGGGAAGAUAUUAAACACAGAGUUAAAGUUUUGGAACCUAAGUCUCUCUCUGAGGCUUGUAGGCAAGCUAAACUGUAUGAGUUGUCUGUGGAAUUUGAGGGCAAAAGACUGAGAUCAACCUUUAGAAACUCAUCCUACCCAAAUCCUAUAUCUACUCAAAAGUCAAGUCAGUUACCAGUACAACAAAAAAAUGCAGCAAACACAUCAUCAAGGCAAAACUUACUGGAUUACAGAAGGCAAAACAAUUUAUGCUUCAAGUGUGGAGAUAAAUUUGUUCCAGGUCAUCAAUGCAAAAUUAAACAGUUAAAUAUGAUGAUUAAAGAUGAUACUGUUGUACUUCCAGAAGGUUCAGAAGAAGUAGAGCAGCCAAUGGUGCAAGAAGAGGAAAGCUUAGAAAUAUCUAUCAAUGCCAUUACUGGCUGUAUUGGGUAUAAUACCUUGAGGAUACAAGGAACAAUUCAAGGGAGACCAUUAAAUAUAUUAAUUGAUAGUGGUAGUACCCAUAGUUUCCUAACACCUCAGUGGGCUGAUGUUGGGGAUCAGAUUAACACUACUCAUCCUUUGGCUAUUACAGUAGCUAAUGGACAGCAACUCUACAGUUCAGCAAGGUGUAAUGGGGUGGAAUGGAAGAUGCAAGGUCAUUCUUUUCUGCAUGAUUUCAGACUACUUCAGUUAGGAGUGAUAUGGUUAGGGGUGGAUUGGAUGAAGUUGUUUAGUCCAAUCUUGAUGGACUUUAAUAAAAUGACAAUGAGUUUUGUGCAUAUGGGGAAGCAAAUUACUAUAAAAGGCCAACAACAGUCAAAUUUUUUGCAGCAGAUUUCAGGAGCUACUCUAUUGAAGAUGACAGCUUCUGACUCUCCUAUUUUGGGACAUGUUGUAUUAUUCAAUAUGUUGGAGGAUUCUAAGAUUAUUUCUACAGCUAUCCAGCCUCUUUUGGACCAGUAUCACUCUGUUUUUACUGAACCUACAGGACUGCCUCCUACAAGAAAUCAUGACCAUGCUAUUCCUCUUAAACCUGAAGCUACCCCUGUCAAUUUAAGGCCCUACAGAUUUCCAUAUAAUCAGAAAGCUGAGGUGGAAAGGCAGAUUGCUAAUAUGCUUUCCUCAUCUGUUAUUCAACCAAACAAAAGCCCUUUUGCUUCUCCUUGUCUCUUAAUAAAAAAGAAGGAUGGUACUUGGAGGUUUUGUGUAGAUUACAGGAAGCUGAAUAGUAUGACAGUGAAGGAUAAAUUCCCUAUUCCUGUGGUGGAGGAUCUACUAGAUGAAUUACAUGGAGCAGUCUAUUUUUCUAAAAUUGACUUAAGAUCUGGUUAUUGGCAGAUCAGAAUUAAGCCUGAGGAUAUAUACAAGACAGCUUUCAGAACUCAUCAGGGCCACUAUGAGUUCAAGUUUAUAGUACUUCUAUAG